AUGGCAGCCACACCAGCUCGCAGAGGCGUCUCCGCCCUCAUCUCAGCUUCAUCAUCCAGAGUAUCUCCAAUUGUUGGUCGAACACAACAGCGAAGCUUCUCUUCAUCCCGCAUUUACGCCGCAUACGCGACCGCACCCAAGUCUGCGGCGGCCACCACCACGACUAGCACCUCUACAGCUGCGAAACCCACAACUACGACGUCAACUGCGUCAAAACCCGCAACCACAGCGACCCCACAACGGACAGUGCUUCCCCAGUUCCCCGCCAAAGAACCUCCCGUGCCUACAACACGCAACAACACCGCAGAGACCGCAGCAACAGCAGCCCAGAAACAACGCUCGCUUACCGACGGGCUAUCCGAUGCGCCUCCCGAACUAGAAGGCGUACCAGCGAUAGACUGGACUCGUUCAUACCAUGGACUUGGCAGCAUAUCUUUCACACCAGAGCAGUCGGAUACGCUGCUUGCGCCCAUUACACAGGACGAUGUGGAGGUGAAGCCCGACGGCAUCAUAUACUUGCCCGAGAUCAAGUACAGGAGGAUAUUGAACAAGGCGUUUGGACCUGGAGGAUGGGGUCUGGCACCGAGAGGCGAGAGUAUUGUUACUGGAAAAUUGGUGACUAGGGAAUAUGGGCUCAUUGUGCAAGGACGACUUGUUUCUAUUGCCCGUGGCGAGCAACAGUACUUCGACCCUGACGGUAUCCCCACUGCGACCGAAGGCUGCAAAUCCAACGCCUUGAUGCGAUGCUGUAAAGAUCUGGGCAUAGCAUCUGAACUUUGGGAUCCGCGCUUCAUCAGGGAGUUCACAAGCAAGAUGACAAAGGAGAUUUGGGUGGAGCAUGCGAGUACGAAGAAGAAGAGGAAAAUUGUGCUGAGGAAAGACGAUAGUCCCAAGUAUCCCUUCAAAGAGGUGAAGUUGUAG